AUGGACCUAAUAGCAGAGGCCGAAGACCGUGCCAAAAAAAAUAUGGAGACACUAUUAGAUAACAAUAUUCCUCCUUAUGCCAUUCUCUCACAUACAUGGGGGAGUGACGAACAGGAAGUCAAUUUCGAAGAUAUAAACUCAGGUAAUGGCAAAGAAAAAACCGGUUAUGAGAAACUCCAGUUUUGCGGAAAACAGGCUGCCUAUGACAACAUCGAUUAUUUCUGGGUGGAUACUUGUUGCAUUAAAAAGACGAGCGACUCUGAGUUGACCGAAUCUCUGAACUCUAUGUUCCGCUGGUAUGGGAAGGCUAGAAAAUGCUAUGUCUAUUUAUCAGAUGUAGAGGUCGUUCAAAAUGGUGUAGAGCAACCACAAAGCGUGUGGGAAGGGCGUUUUCGGGCCAGCCGAUGGUUUACAAGAGGAUGGACGCUCCAAGAACUCCUGGCUCCAAUAUCAAUCGAGUUCUUUUCACGGGAUUGUUGUAGGAUUGGUGAUAGGGAAUCUCUGAAGUUGAUUAUAUAUGAGAUCACGGGAAUUGCUAUUGAAGCGCUCCAAGGAGUUCCUUUAUCGAAGUUUAGUGUUGAUGAUAGAAUGAAAUGGGCGGAAAACCGAAUUUCGACGAGAGAAGAAGACGCAGCAUAUAGCUUGCUUGGUAUCUUUGAAGUAUCUAUGUCAGUUAUCUAUGGCGAGGGAAGGGAUAAUGCAUUCAGGAGGCUCAACGGUGUGAUCGAGCCCUCUCUAGAUAAGCGCUGCCUAAUUGAUCUGUUCAUCACCGACCCACGAAAGGACAAACAACGCAUCGAGGAACUUAAAGGAGGACUGCUCUUUAAGGUAUACGAAUGGGUCUUCCAAAACACGGAAUACCAACAAUGGUACAACGACCAAAGCAACCGCUUGCUAUGGGUGAGAGGAGAUCCUGGGAAGGGUAAGACUAUGUUGUUAUGUGGUAUCAUAGACGAAAUACGGACAUCAAAUAAUUACGCCUUAGCCUAUUUCUUCUGCCAAAGUAACGUCGAUACCAUUAAUAGUGCUAUCUCCGUCCUACGUGGCCUUAUUUAUAUGCUCUUAGAUGAACAGCCUUCCCUCAUUCGGCAUUUACAAAAGGAAUAUGAGGUGCCAGGGAAGCAGUUAUUUGAAGGUAUCAAUGCAUGGGUGGCGCUCUCUAAUAUUCUGAAGAACAUCUUGCAUGACAAGAGUUUGAAGCCAAUAAUUUUGAUUAUUGAUGCACUUGACGAAUGCGAAAAGGAUAUGGUCAAAUUACUUCGUCUGAUUGUUUCGAGCCUAGCUGAGUUUCCUCGCAUCAAGUGGCUUGUCUCUAGUCGUAACUCGCUUGGAAUUGAAGAGGUACUAGGGCCGGUUGAGGAGAGAACAUCGCUCAGUCUCGAGUUAAAUAGCCACACAAUAUCUAUUGCUGUCGACUGGUAUGUAAGAGAUAGAGUGGAAAAGCUCGCGAGGACAAAGAAAAAUAUUAAAAGAAAUAGAAAGACGGUUGAAUCGUAUCUCCUAGAGAAUGCGAACGGGACCUUCCUUUGGGUGGCUUUGGUCUGCCAAAAUCUUGAAGAACUUCGAUUCUUCACGACUUCAAUGUUACAAGAUUAUUACCCUCGAGAGUUGGAUCCCUUAUACGAACGCAUGCUACAGCAAAUUCUAAAUAUAAAAGAGCAUGGAGUAACUGAGCUCUGCCUUCAGCUUAUGGCUAUUGUAGUAGUAGCCUUUCGACCUAUUACGCUCUGCGAGUUGCCACGUCUGAUCGGAUCGGAGAUUGAUUUGGAAGAAAUCAUUCAACUUUGUGGCUCCUUUCUGGUCGUUCGUAAUCAGAGUAUCUUCUUCGUUCAUAAGUCGGCAAAGGAUUUCCUAUCAGAAAAUGCUGCUGAGACAAUAUUUCCAAAUGGGAUCGGCAAGGUUGAGAAAGCUCCUGAACUUUCCGCUUAUAUUCAUGAUGCCAAGCGCUUCGUCCUUUAUAACCGAGUAGGAAUUGAACAAGCUCCUCUUCAAAUCUAUUGCUCAGCCCUUUCCUUUGCUCCAGAGAAUAGUAUUAUUCGAAAAACAUUUCAAAAAUGUAUCCCGAGUUGGAUUUAUAAAAUAUCAAGAGUACGAUCAAAUUGGAGUGCCGCCCUCCAAACGCUCGAGGGUCAUUCGAAUUGGGUUAGGUCAGUUGCCUUCUCACCAGAUGGCACAAAGGUAGCUUCAGGCUCAGACGAUCGGACGAUCCGGCUCUGGGACGCGGCCACGGGCGAAUCGCUUCAAACGCUCGAGGGUCAUUCGAAUUGGGUUAGGUCAGUUGCCUUCUCACCAGAUGGCACAAAGGUAGCUUCAGGCUCAGACGAUCGGACGAUCCGGCUCUGGGACACGGCCACGGGCGAAUCGCUUCAAACGCUCGAGGGUCAUUCGGAUGGAGUUACAUCAGUUGCCUUCUCACCAGAUGGCACAAAGGUAGCUUCAGGCUCUUAUGAUCAGACGAUCCGGCUCUGGGACGCGGCCACGGGCGAAUCGCUUCAAACGCUCGAGGGUCAUUCGAAUUGGGUUAGCUCAGUUGCCUUCUCACCAGAUGGCACAAAGGUAGCUUCAGGCUCAGACGAUCGGACGAUCCGGCUCUGGGACGCGGCCACGGGCGAAUCGCUUCAAACGCUCGAGGGUCAUUUGGAUGCGGUUAGCUCAGUUGCCUUCUCACCAGAUGGCACAAAGGUAGCUUCAGGCUCAGACGAUCGGACGAUCCGGCUCUGGGACACGGCCACGGGCGAAUCGCUUCAAACGCUCGAGGGUCAUUCGGAUGGAGUUACAUCAGUUGCCUUCUCACCAGAUGGCACAAAGGUAGCUUCAGGCUCUUAUGAUCAGACGAUCCGGUUCUGGGACGCGGUCACGGGCGAAUCGCUUCAAACGCUCGAGGGUCAUUCGCAUUGGGUUAGCUCAGUUGCCUUCUCACCAGAUGGCACAAAGGUAGCUUCAGGCUCAGACGAUCGGACGAUCCGGCUCUGGGACACGGCCACGGGCGAAUCGCUUCAAACGCUCGAGGGUCAUUUGGAUGCGGUUUACUCAGUUGCCUUCUCACCAGAUGGUACAAAGGUAGCUUCAGGCUCAGGCGAUUGGACGAUCCGGCUCUGGGACGCGGCCACGGGCAAAUCGCUUCAAACGCUCGAAGGUCAUUCGAAUGCGGUUUACUCAGUUGCCUUCUCACCAGAUGGUACAAAGGUAGCUUCAGGCUCUUAUGAUCGGACGAUCCGGCUCUGGGACACGGUCACGGGCGAAUCGCUUCAAACGCUCGAGGGUCAUUUGGAUGCGGUUUACUCAGUUGCCUUCUCACCAGAUGGUACAAAGGUAGCUUCAGGCUCAGGCGAUUGGACGAUCCGGCUCUGGGACGCGGCCACGGGCAAAUCGCUUCAAACGCUCGAGGGUCAUUCGCAUUGGGUUAGAUGA